AAAAUCAUGCUUUACGGAACAAGGAAGUUGUGCACCUGUUCUUCCACUUCUCUGCACCUGCUUUCCAGUCAUCUAGGUCCUGCGGUCGGCGCCUGUCAUUAUGAUGGUGGACACCGAGGAGGAGAAGGCAAAGGGGACCGAGGGUCAGAUAGAGCAUCCCCUGAGCACGGUGGAGAUCGCGCAGGAGACUGAGAAUGAAUCCUCUACAGAGGAGCCCAAACAGCGGCCUGAAGAGAAGACCAAAGCGCCCCGGACCGCAGAAAUCUACCUGCCCGACGGGGAGACAACUCUGCCUCUGUUCAAGAUGAAGAGGUUUCUAGUGCUACGGCCGGGCACUCUGAACCAGGCCAUCGCAGACAUCACUAAGCUGGUGGACAAGCAGAUGGACGGCAAUGUUAUCGGAGUGUGGCUUAUGGCAGAAGUGGACCACUGGAACAAUGAGAAGGAGCGUCUUGUGAUAGUAACGGAACUCUCUCUUCUCAUCUUCAAAUAUGACUUCCUCAUGUUCAACUGUGAGCAACUGCACAGAGUACCCCUGCACUUUGUGGACCGCAUCAGCUACGGCAACUUCAGCUUCCCCAAAUACUCAGUGCUCAAGCGGGAGGGGGAGGGCGUGCGAAUAUACUGGGACAGACAGAGGGAGCCCUCGUUCACCUCCAGGUGGAACCCCUUUGCCACGGACAUGCCCUUCAUCACCUUCACCACACACCCAGUCCAGACGCUGAGCUCCUCCUUCUCCUCCUUCUGCAACAUCAUGGCAUUUCGAGAUGUAGUCCAAGAGGCCGCGCAGAAGGCCAACACCGCCAAGCCUGUCCCGGGUCGAGCCAACGGGGUGCUGCUCCUAAAUCAGCCGGUGCACAUCGACGCUUAUGUGGGUGCCAUGUCGAACCUGGGGAAUGGGAACAAGCUGGGCUACUCCAUGGCCCGGGGCAACCUGGGCUUCUGAACUCUGAGCGCACUUCAGCACCUCUGCAUCUGCUGUUUACAAUUGUACAUUUAUGUUUCGCAAGGACCGCUUUUAUUAAAGACUGUAACAUUAUAUUACUAUGCAUUUCUGUGUGAUUUUCUUAGCUUUUUGUAUUUUUGGUAAACUGCUGAAGCUGCAGACCAUUAGUGGAUAACAUUAACUAUUGGAGCGAGCAAUUGUAUGUGCACAUGUAAUUGCAAAAUGUUACUACAAAACAUUUUGAAGAAAUAAAUAUAUUGAAUAAUUUUA